ACGUCAUCGUGGAGUGCAAAACGCCACGGGACGGCCAUCUUGUGAGAGUGAGGGGAGGGUCUGCCUUGUAUUCCUUCUCUAUCUGCGUUAUUUGCUGUUCCCUGGAGAGAGAGAGAGCUUAGUUCUAAGGAAGGUCUGCAGUUAGAAGAUGUCCACGAUGAAUCCCGAAUAUGACUAUCUGUUCAAACUCCUCCUCAUUGGUGACAGUGGUGUUGGAAAGUCCUGCCUUCUCUUAAGAUUUGCCGAUGACACUUAUACAGAAUCCUAUAUCAGUACCAUAGGUGUAGAUUUUAAAAUUCGUACCAUUGAGUUAGACGGAAAAACAAUCAAACUUCAGAUCUGGGACACAGCAGGACAGGAACGCUUCCGAACCAUCACUUCUUCAUAUUAUCGGGGAGCUCAUGGCAUCAUCGUUGUUUAUGAUACCACAGAUCAAGAAUCCUUUAAUAAUGUUAAGCAAUGGCUUCAAGAGAUAGAUAGAUAUGCUUGUGAAAAUGUCAACAAACUCUUGGUGGGCAACAAAUGUGAUCUCACCCACAAGAAAGUAGUUGAUUUUCAGACAGCCAAGGAAUAUGCAGAUUCUUUAGGAAUCCCCUUUCUUGAAACUUCUGCCAAGAAUGCGACUAAUGUUGAACAGGCUUUCAUGACCAUGGCUGCUGAGAUUAAAAACCGAAUGGGACCUCCUUCUGGAACUGCUGGGGCUGCACAAGGAGUUAAAAUUAAUCCCAGUGCUCCAGUGGAGGCAGCAGCAGGUGGUGGGUGCUGUUGAACACCGUUCUAGGCUUACAUCAAAACAUGGCAAAUCCAGGACACUGGGACACCAGUGGGAUUCUUGCAGCAACUUUUUAACCAUCAGUGUUGCUCAGACCUAGAGCUGGUUGAUGUUUGUUUUCAAAGCACUGUUUUGGUGCCCUGGAUUUUAUUUGCCUGGUGUCUAGAUCACUGCAUGGUGCCGAUGAGAAGCUGGAAUCCGGGCAUCACCUGGGUGAUUAAAAGACUUGACAAAUUAUUAAUGGGAGAGUUUUCAUUUUAUUUCUUUGCUCAAAAGCUACAUCUAGAGCAAUUUGAUAAACUGGGGACAAAGUUCUUACUUUUCACCCUAAACUGGGUAAGGUGGCUUGUAACAUUUUGCCAUACUUGCCUCUUAAAUUGUGUGCAAGAUGUGAAGCUAAAAAUCUGUGAUCUGUUAAUCUCCUGAAUAAACUGACAACAGGAAUGGCAGUCUGUUGUUAACAAGGACUCUUCUGCUUCUCUACUAUAAUUUGAAGACUACUAUUUCUGUACAUAUGAGUUGUGUCCUUAGAACAGAAGCAGGUAUUAAAUUUGUCUUGUAACUGAUGUGCAGACACCAAAACUCAUUCUAAUAUUACCAAUAGUUCACUAGUGGAAGCGGGUGGAUAGCAAGGUUGAUAUUUGUGCUGAAAUUAAUUCAUUUUAUUUAUGGUAGGCACUAGGGUGAUUGAGUUUGUACCUAAUUUGUCUGAAUACUUGUGUGAUGCUAUUGACCAACUUCCACAGCGCUCAUAUAUUUUAUUGAAUGUUAUUGAUUAUAUAUAUAUUGGGCGAGUUAAAACUUUUGUAAGUUUUCAUAAUGUUAUAUUCUGGUAUCUAAAAGAUUUACCAAUUAGGACUGGGAUCAGUGAAGCUUUAUUAGGAAUUGCGCUGCUGUACCAGUGGAAGUUUCUAAUUGACUUGCAUUUAGGCAACACUUCUACCCAUUCUGUUAUAGCUAGGCCUUUUCCCACAAGCAUGUUAGGAUAUACACAGCACAUCUGAUUUGUACUAUGAGAGGAAAUGUUUACAAGCUUCAAGACAGUGGUUCUAUCUAUUAUUUACAUUAUUUUUUGGGCGUUCCUUGUCCAACUAAUGUAUACACUGCCCUAAUGUGUAGUACAGCUAUUUACCUGGAGUAGACCAACUUAAAUGCUCUUUAGAAGUGUAUGAUUAAUUAUCCACUAAUUAUAUUCACUUCUGUGGCUUAGUGUCAUUUUAAAAUUGCUAAAGGUAAUUUUAUUGAAUAAUCCCAUAGUAGGGCUGUGUAAACAUUACAUGGACAAACAUUGAAAGGUAGAUGUCCAUUCCAUCUCUUUUCUAUUGAUCAAAUCUGAACCUUGUAAAUGAAUGAAUGUUUCACAGUAAACUGUGUAAAGACC